AUGCCGACUUAUUCUAAAACGUGCAUUAAGUUAUUAGCUAUAUAUGAUCCAUUUGGUAUCAGUGAAGUUGAAAAUGUCAUAAAAUACAACAAGGGAAGGCCACCUCUAGUAACUUGUAAGAUGAGGAAGAAGGGAGGGCUUUUCAAGUAUGCAGAUGGUGUGGACAAGUUGCUGAUGGUGUUUGGGACUUUGGGCAGCAUUGGAGAUGGGUUGAUGACACCUCUUACAAUGCUUGUUCUCAGCCGUGUGAUCAAUGAAUAUGGAGGUGGACAAGGCACUCUUAAUUUCUCCAAUGCCAUUGUCGACAAGUACUCACUCAGGCUGCUCAUUGUUGCAAUUGGAGUUGGAGUAUCUGCUUUCAUUGAAGGAAUUUGUUGGACCAGAACUGCUGAGAGACAGACGUCUCGGAUGAGAAUGGAAUACUUGAAGUCAGUCCUCAGGCAAGAAGUUGCCUUCUUUGACAGUCAAGCUAAUUCUUCCAUGACCUUCCAAGUCAUUUCUACUAUCUCGUCUGAUGCCCAUUUAAUCCAAGACACAAUAGCUGAAAAGAUACCGAACUGCCUGGCUCACCUCUCAUCAUUCCUCUUCUGCUUUCCUGUUGCCUUCAUGCUUUCUUGGCGGCUGGCACUGGCUGCUCUUCCAUUCUCGCUCAUGUUUUUGAUUCCUGGAAUUGGAUUUGGGAAGGUGCUCAAGGACUUGGGAGCUGAGACAAACGGUGCCUAUAGGGUUGCUGGAGGGAUUGCGGAACAAGCAAUCUCAUCCAUCCGUACAGUUUAUUCGUAUGUUGGGGAAAAUCAAACACUAAAAAAGUUCAGUAUUGCUCUUGAAAAAAGUACAGAGCUCGGCAUAAAACAAGGUUUCACAAAGGGACUGCUCAUGGGGAGCAUGGGAAUGAUUUAUGCUGUUUGGGCUUUUCAGGCUUGGGUUGGUAGCAAACUUGUUACUGAGAGAGGAGAAAAAGGUGGUCUUGUUUUUAUUUCUGGAAUCUGUGUAAUUCUGGGAGGAUUGGCCAUUAUGAAUGCGCUUCCAAAUCUCUCUUUUAUCACCCAGGCUACUGAUGCUGCUACCAGAAUACUUGAAAUGAUUGACCGCAUUCCCGCCAUUAACUCUGAAGAUGAAAGGGGAAAAGUUUUAGCAUAUGUGAAGGGCGAUAUCGAAUUUAGAAAAGUUGAUUUCUGCUAUCCAUCAAGACCUGAUACCCCAGUUCUUCAAGGACUCAACCUUAAAGUCCAAGCUGGUAAGAUGGUGGGUCUUGUUGGAGGCAGUGGUUCUGGCAAGUCAACAAUCAUUUCUUUACUUGAAAGAUUUUAUGAUCCGGUAAAAGGAGAUAUUCUCGUUGACGGAUACAAGUUAAAUAAAUUUCAGCUGCAAUGGUUGAGAUCCCAGAUGGGACUGGUCAAUCAAGAGCCAAUUCUCUUUGCAACAUCCAUAAAAGAGAAUAUUUUAUUUGGAAAGGAAGGAGCUUCAAUGGAACAUGUAAUAAGUGCAGCUAAGGCUGCAAAUGCACAUGACUUCAUUGUCAAACUCCCCCUAGGAUUUGACACUCAAGUUGGGCAAUUUGGAGUUCAAUUGUCUGGAGGACAAAAGCAAAGGAUUUCUAUAGCAAGAGCAAUAAUCAGAGACCCAAAAAUUCUUUUGCUUGAUGAAGCCACAAGUGCUUUGGAUGCGCAAUCUGAAAAAGUUGUGCAAGAAGCCUUGGACCAAGCUUCACAAGGAAGAACAACAAUUGUCAUAGCUCACCGCCUCACCACAAUCCGCAAGGCUGAUUUGAUAGUGGUUCUUCAAUCAGGUAGAGUGGUGGAAAUGGGAUCUCAUGAGGAUUUGGUCCACAAGAACGAUGGAGAAGGUGGAGUAUACAGUAAAAUGCUGCAAUUGCAGCAACAAGCAAUGCAGAAUGGUCCUGACAUUUCCUAUCAUCCAGAGGAUAUUAUAAUCAAACAUCCACGAACUCCACAUACACCAAAUAGUGUGAGAUCAAGCUUGCAAAACAGCCCUGCACUGAGGAGUGCGAGAUCAAGCUGGCAAAACAGCCCGGUACCAAGGAAUGUAAGAUCAAGCUGGCAAAACAGCCCGGCAUAUCCAAUCACCCCAAUAUUCUCCAUCAGCAUUACAAACUCCUUUCAAGCGGGCCAGUAUGAUGAAUUUGACGAUGAAAUGUCACAAGACAGCUCUUAUCCUUCCUCUUCUACUUGGUGUUUAUUUAAAAUGAAUGCACCUGAGUGGAAGCAAGCAAUACUAGGGUGUCUGGGGGCUGCUGGCUUUGGAUCUAUUCAGCCAAUUCAUGCCUAUUGCUUAGGAACAGUUGUAGCAGUUUACUUCCAAACAAACAAUUCCACCAUCAAAUCAGAAACCAGAUUCUACUGCUACAUCUUCUUAAGCCUAGCAGUUUUCAGCUUCAUUGCUAAUCUCCUCCAACAUUACAAUUUUGCAGUUAUGGGAGAGCGUUUAUCCAAAAGGGUUCGAAUAAAAAUGCUCGAAAAAAUUCUCACCUUUGAGAUAGGGUGGUUUGAUCAGGAUGAAAACACAAGUGCUGCCAUCUGUGCACGGCUAACCACUGAAGCAAACAUGGUUAGAUCCCUAACUGCAGAUCGUAUAUCAUUGUUGGUUCAGGUCUUUUUCAGUGCCUCCAUAGCUUUUGUGAUUGGACUGAUAGUGACAUGGAGGAUAGCCAUUGUAAUGAUUGCGAUACAACCUUUGCUCAUAGGAAGCUUCUAUUCAAGGAGUGUUCUAAUGAAGAGUAUGUCUAUAAAAGCACAGAAAGCACAGGCUGAGGGCAGCCAACUAGCUAGUGAAGCUGCUUUCAACCACAGAACUAUCACUGCAUUUUCCUCUCAGAAUAGGAUAUUAAAUCUGUUUGGAGAUGCAAUGAGAGGGCCUAGGAAGGAGAACAUCAAACAGUCAUGGAUUUCAGGUUUUGGUCUGUUCAGCUCCCAAUUCUUGACAACAGCUGCAAUAGCCUUGACUUAUUGGUAUGGGGGGAGGCUAAUGAAUCAAAAUUUAGUAUCGGCAAAACACCUGUUUCAAGUUUUCUUCAUCUUAAUGAGCACUGGUAAAAACAUUGCAGAUGCAGGAAGCAUGACUUCUGAUCUAGCAAGAGGGGGGAGAGCCAUCAAAUCAAUAUUCUCCAUCCUAGACAGAGAAAGUGAAAUUUCAUCAGAAGAGCUUGAAGGGAUAAAAAAGACUUUCAAGGGUCACAUAGAACUAAAGAAUGUUGUAUUUGCUUACCCAGUCAGGCCUGACCAGAUGAUCUUCAAGGGCCUGAAUCUCAAGAUAGAAGCUGGAAAAACAAUGGCACUAGUGGGACAGAGUGGUUCUGGAAAAUCCACUGUCAUUGGCUUGAUUGAAAGAUUUUACGACCCACUAAAUGGAUCAGUAUCCAUAGAUGGAUGUGACAUCAAGCUCUAUAAUUUGAGAAAGUUGAGGUCACAAAUAGCUUUAGUAAGCCAGGAGCCUACUCUUUUUGGAGGAACCAUCCAUGAAAACAUAGUCUAUGGUAAAGAAAAUGCAACAGUAGCUGAAGUAAGAAAGGCAGCAAAGCUUGCCAAUGCUCAUGAAUUUAUAAGCUCUAUGGAAGAGGGAUAUGAGACUUACUGUGGAGAAAGAGGAGUUCAACUAUCAGGAGGGCAGAAGCAGAGGAUAGCACUUGCACGAGCGAUACUAAAGAACCCAACAAUCCUUCUGCUGGAUGAAGCAACCAGUGCACUUGAUAGUGUGUCAGAGAAUUUAGUCCAGGAAGCACUGGAGAAGAUGAUGGUUGGCAGAACAUGUGUUGUUGUAGCUCACAGGUUGUCAACUAUACAAAAAGCAGACUCCAUUGCUGUGAUAGUGAAUGGGAAAGUAGCAGAAAAAGGAUCACACCAUGAGCUACUUGCUAUCGGACGUGGCGGUGCCUACCAUUCUCUGAUAAAAGUGCAAAGCAAUCAGUCUCCACACCAUUUGUCCAUGCAGGUGUAA